AUGACUUCUACUCCAAGAUCGUCUAUGCCCGAGCAGGAGGUCAGAAUAUUUAAGGAAGUCCACGAUCAUUACGGUAAGCAGGUGCUGCAGAACGUUAGACGCUGGGAGUGGGCAGUCAUUCAUGAAGCAGUAACACGCGAACAGCUCUUCUUCCUGCAUAGUUGCGUGCGAAAUGAUGUCUUUCCUAAAAGCGUUCACUACAAGCCACCAAUCCCUACAGAUAGGGCCAAAGAUCUGGCCUACAAAUUAUCCGUUCAGAUGCGCAAAGAGCUCAUAACUGACGCCCACCAUAGGCUGGAAAAGUACGCUUUUGAGAUAAGCAAAUGGAGAGCAAUCUGUGAAGGACAAAUGGAAACCAGCUGGAUUGAGCGUGUUAAAACUGCCAUUCAGUACACAGCAGAUGCUAAAAGGCAGGUGAAGAGGGAUUACCUCAAUCAGAAAUUACAGCGAUUAAGGAGUCCCCGCAAAGAGAAUCAGGAAAAUUUGAUCGACAGACUCUCCCAAAUGACGAUCACGAGAAACAGACGCAUUCUCGGCGAUGCUGGCCAGCUUCAUGGGGAUCUUGGGCCAUCAUUCGUCGCCUUCGGUGAAGACAAGCUCGACUUUCCCAGUUUUAAUGCUGCCUUUGGCUUCGAGUUUCAGAAUUCUGGACUUUACGAUGACUACUUAUAG